GCGACCUUAUGGGAGGCCGGUGCCAAGCUCUUGAGGGAGAGCGAUGCGAUGACGAGCGUCACCAGUUUCCGCCGCCAGCUUGCUGUGCGCGUCGGCUUGCAGGAGCAUGGUUCGGACGAUCGCGCUGCUGAGGUGUUGGACCUGAUCCGCCGUGCGUGGCGCCCAGCACCGACCGCGGCAACCCCCGAGGAGAAGAUGAAGGAGAUCGUGACCGAGGUGGGGCCUGAGGUCGCGGGCAAGAGGCACCAAGUCUACUUGAUCACGCUCUCCAGAGCUCUCCCGGAAACCGCCGACAGGUCGAACUUGGUAGACGCGUCGGCCCUCGCAAGGGAAGCCGUGGGGGAGGCUGUGCGGAAGGCGUUCGACGAGCCGCUGGGCCGCGCGCCAGAUGGCCUGGCCCCCCCGAAGAAGGCGCUUCGCGAGCGAGAUGGCAUGGCGACCCAUUGGUCGUGCAGCCACACGCAGUGGUGGAGCACCUUGCGCUACGGAGCGAUCCCGACGCUGCACAAGACGACGGUUGACGACGACCCCUGGACCUGGACCAAAGUCGGGGUAGACAUCGACUUCUUCGGUGAGUCGCAGGGGCCGUGGAACGCGCACAUCUGGAAGAGGCAGCGCAAGGAAGCCGAGAAAGCGGCGACUGCUGGAACCGCGAAACGGGCUCGUCGCUUCACCAAGCUUGGCCUUACGGCGCUGAUCUUGGACCGCAACCUGCAGACCAAGGCGGCCUUGUUGGAGUACGCGCAGGACUACGGCACGGAUGAGAUGCAGCGGUACGUCCAUGCCCAGCAGAAGCGCUUGAAGGAGCACCUGGCCGAGGCGGCAGAGUGGGGCGCGGCGCGAGCAACCGCCCGCGCCGAGCGGAAGACCGACUGGGAGCUGGUGUGUCGCACCGCUGACGGGCCUUGUCCACAUGGCACGGAGUGCCAGUACAGCAAGUCGACCAGCGUUUUCUUCGAGAAGAACAGGGCGACGUUGUCGCAGUCGGAGCUCGCCGCGGCGUUGCGCGCGAUCAUCCUGAACGGGCCGUCUAAGACAACCCGGACCCCCAUGACCGUCGGGCCGACGAACACUGGCAAGUCAACCGUGUUGCUCCCGUUCGACGACCUCUUCGGCUUCAAGCAUGUGUUCCACAAGCCUGCCGUCGGUUCUCCUUUCGCUCUGCGGAACAUAGUGAAGGACAAGAAGUUCCUCUUCUGGGACGACUACCAGCCUAUUGAGUUCGCAGAGAAGGCCGUCCCCGUGCAGUCAUUCUUGAGUCUGUUCGAGGGCCACCCCUUCGAACCCCAGGCUGGCGAUGGGGGAUUCCGGCGGGCGGCCUGCGCGCGGCGCGAGAUUGAGGGGGCGUUCGGGGAGGGCGUGAGCAGCGCCGGGCGCCGGGGCCCCGGCGUCCCAGUCCUCACCGACGGAAACAUCGACUUCAAGUGGCGGCGCGGGGCGGCGAUGACGGCGAAGGAGGACGAGCUCUGGAAGCCGGCGAAGUGGGCGACCGAGGAGGACAUCGGGCACAUGAAGAACCGCGUUCUGGUGUUCAUAGCGCGGGCGCGCAUCCCACGGAUCACCGACACGCACAAGUGUGCGCGUUGCGUGUGCCGGUGGAUCCGGGACGCGGCGUCCGCCGCCGACUGUGACGUGGGCCUGAGGGACGCGAGCUCCGCCCUGCUUGUCGAUUUGCUGGCCAUGGGCGCCGUCGACGUCAGGGAGCUGGGCGGCCGGGAGUGGCAGUCCCUGGCGGCGUGGGCCCGGUUGAAGCCUCUUGGGCGGCGCCGACUGGAGUGGGUUCUGCAGGGGGGCGCAG